AUGUGCCCAGCUGCGCUCUCCUCCCCGCCAGUCGAACCCCUGCCGGUGAAAGAGAAGCUCCUCGAGCUCUGCGACUCGGUCCGGACGUCCCUUCAGCGGGAGAAGAGCCUCGGACCACACGAAGAUAGGAUCCAAGAGCUCUUCGAGAAGAUCCUGAAGGAAGAACUGCGUCACAGUCCCUCGCUCGACUUCGAGACGCUUCAGUACGCUCGUCUGGACAAGCUCCUCGCCGACGUCCUCGACCCCGCCUGCCGCCCAUCUCCGCUACCCCUACGCUUUCGUGCCGACAUGGCUGUCGCCGAGAGUCUUCAAAGGAUCUGGAGGAGCAGGUUCCGCGAGCAGUACUUUGCCCUCGACCAGGUGCGUCAGCGCAGGCUGUCCAUCGGCGGCGAUAUGCGCGACAUCCACUUUACCGCCGCCGGCAUGGACCCCCUCGAGUCUUGGACUGUUCGCAACAGCUGCCCCGAUCCCAUAUCGGAGCUUGAGGGAAACCAACAGUUUGAGCCUGGCCACUGGUGGCUGAACCUGGCCUGCGCUCAGCGCGACGGCAUCAUUGGCACUGCUGUCGAGAAGCCCACCAAGGGCAAGUACGGCGUCACCGCCCUCCCCCUCCUGACGGGUUGCGAGGAGCACGUCCGCGGCAAGCUCUACCGAUACGUCCGCGAGGGGCGUCUCUCCGACAUGCACGUCUCUCUUCUCACGCAGGUCGGCACUCAGAUCCGCAUCCUCAGGGGCUAUCGCCUCAAGAGCACACUGGCUCCCCAGGCCGGUGUGCGUUACGACGGACUUUACACCAUCCGCCAGUACGGCAACAAGCUCGGCGCCGCCACCGAUAAGUACCGCCUCGAGCUCCUGCUGGAGCACGUUGAUGGCCAGAAGAGCCUCGAAGAGGUGCAGAAGGUGCCCAGACCAUCCCAGAUGGAUGACUGGCAGACAUUUAAGAAGGUCGAGGCCGAGAUGGUCCGCCAGCGCAAGGGCGACGACGGUCUGCUCGACUUCAAGAUGCUCAAAGAGGAGGAACGCAUCGACCGCGAGCACUGGAGGCGUUCGAGCGAGUUCCGGGCCACGCUGGGCCAGGAAGUCUGCGGGCUGGGGCUUACAAUGCCUGCCUAA